AUGCGACGAAGCAUGGAGCACUGGCUUGAUUUCUCUUCGGCACCAAGUUUGGAGAAGACUCAGGCUGGGGAGUGCGAUUUUUGGUGCUACUACAGUGAGCUUCUGGAGAGGGUGGACGCUGGCGAGUCGGAUCCGAGAUGCCCGAAAUGCGGUUCGAUCUUGAAGACCGCAAACAUUUCCUUCGGCCAGAGCCUGGUCUCCAGAGACAUCCUGCGCGCGGAGGCUGCUGCGAAGGGAUGUGAUGUGCUGCUGGCAGUGGGGAGCACCCUCAGCGUCUAUCCGGUUGCCAACAUGGUACCCAUCGCAAAGGCAGCAGGC